AUGAUAGGGGGGAUUUUCCCUGUUUUCAACAAAGAGAUACACACCUCUCCUUCCUUCAAGAGGGAGCCUCAGAAAGUUAACUGUGCAGGACUUGACCUGCGUGUUUUUCGAUGGACUCAAGUCAUGAUAUUUGCCAUUGAAGAAAUCAACAAAGACUCUGCCCUUCUACCAAACGUAACACUUGGAUACAGGAUCCUUGACUCAUGUGCCUCUCCUACUAACACUUUGCGUGCUGCACUGACACUGGCUGGUGGAUCAGAAGAGGCAGACAGGGUGACUUGUCCACCAGCUAUAUCCGCUCUCAUUGCAGAGUCAGGAUCAACUCAAUCCUUAGCUGUGGCUGGAACUCUGGGACCAUUUCAAAUGCCAAUAGUGAGUUACUUCUCUACGUGUGCCUGUCUGAGUAACAGGGACAAAUAUCCUUCUUUUUUCCGGACUAUCCCCAGUGACUACUUUCAGGCAAAAGCUCUGGCAGCUCUGAUCAGACAUUUCGGCUGGCAGUGGAUCGGUGCCAUACAGUCAGACAAUGAUUACGGGCGAAACGGGAUUCUGGCUUUUACUGAAGAGGUUAAAAGGUUUGGGGUCUGUGUGGCUUUUGUUGGAACCAUUCUUCGAACAGAUUCACUGGAUAAAAUCUUAUCAGUUGUGGAAAUGAUCAAAGAGUCAACUGUCAAAGUAAUUCUGGCUUUUGUUCCUGAGGGUGACCUUUACCCACUAAUGAGAGAGGUGGUCAAACAGAAUAUUACGGGUAUUCAGUGGAUAGCGAGUGAGGCCUGGAUAACAGCGGCUAGACCAUCCACGCCUGAAAUGUACCGAGCUUUUGGGGGAUCGCUUGGAUUUGUGGUGCAAAAGAUGGAAAUCCCAAAUUUAAAACCUUUUCUUACAGCUAUCAAUCCUUAUGCAGACCCAAAUGCAGCUUUUGUUAAAGAUUUCUGGGAGAUUAUGGUCACUGAUCAACUCCAAAAAGUGAAUUUCAGGAAUCAGUUUGGGGAUGAUGUCUUUUUUGAUGAGAAUGGAGACCCCCCUGCUUCAUAUGACCUGAUCAACUGGCAGCUGAUAAAUGGACAGGUACCCACUGCUCUCUGCUCUGAUAUUUGUCCAGUAGGAACCAGAAAAGCUCAAAUUAAGGGAAAACCCACUUGUUGUUUUGACUGUAUACCAUGUGCUGAUGGAACUAUAGCCAACACAACAGGUGCCUCAGACUGCACUCCCUGUCCACAGGAGUACUGGUCUAAUGAGAGGAAAAAUGAGUGUGUUCCUAAAACUAUUGAGUUCCUGACAUAUCAUGAACCUCUGGGAAUAGCUAUCACAGUAGUGUCCCUGCUUGGGGCCCUGCUGUCACUCGCCACAACUGUGCUCUUUAUCCACUACAGGGAAACUCCCAUCAUAAAGGCCAGCAACACAGAGCUCAGCUGUUUCUUGCUGUUCUCUCUCUUUCUGUGUUUCCUGUGUCCGCUCACUUUCAUUGGCAGACCGACAGUUCUGACCUGUAUGCUGCGCCACACGGCUUUUGGUGUGACUUUUGCAUUUUGUAACUCUUGUGUUUUGGGGAAAACUAUUGUUGUUGUCACAGCAUUUAAAGCCAGUGUUCCUGGAAGCAAAUUAGCAGGAAAGUUUGGUCCCGCUCAGCAACGGAUCAUCGUGUGUUCCUGCACUUUGAUCCAAAUACUGAUAUGUGUUCUGUGGCUGAAGUUAAACCCACCCUUUCCUGAUAUGGUUUUCAGGUACAGUAACAAGAAGAUCGUUUUAGAAUGUAACCCGGGCUCCGAGGCUGCUUUCUACUCAGUUUUGGGCUACAUAGGAAUCCUUGCCAUCAUCUGCUUGGCUCUGGCUUUUCUCGCAAGAAAGUUACCUGACAACUUUAAUGAAGCCAAAUUCAUCACAUUCAGUAUGCUGAUAUUCUGUGCUGUGUGGAUCACCUUCAUCCCUGCGUAUAUCAGCUCUCCUGGGAAGUUCACUGUCGCAGUGGAAACAUUUGCGAUUUUGUCUUCAGCAUUUGGAUUAUUCGUCAGCAUCUUUGCACCUAAAUGUUACAUCAUAUUGUGGAAGCCAGAGAAAAAUACAAAGAAACAUGUCAUGGGAAAUAGAAAGUUAUAA